AUGUCUGUCCUCACCAGGGCGACCGCCGGCUUGCUGCGGGGGCUUGGGCGGGCGCUGGACGGCUUGGGGAGCGCCGUGCAGGGCAGCGGCGCCUACAAGGAGACCUUGAACAAGGCGCAGAGCGUGCAGGCCUUUGCCGGCAAGCGGCCGCAGCUGGCGGAUAGCGUGUUUGUGGCGCCCAAUGCCAGCGUGGUGGGGGACGUCAAGAUUGGCAGCGGCGCCUCCAUUUGGUAUGGCGCCGUGGUGCGGGGUGACGUGAACAGCGUGGUGAUUGGGGACCGCACCAACGUGCAGGACAAUGUACUGGUGCAUGUUGCCAAGCACAACAUGGCUGGCAAGGCGCUGCCCACCCAGAUCGGCAGCAAUGUGACCAUCGGUCCGGGGGCCACGAUCCAUGCCGCCACCAUUGAGGACUGUGUGGUGGUGGGCAUGGGGGCAGUCAUCAUGGAUGGGGCCAAGGUUGAGAGCAAGUCUGUGGUGGCCGCGGGGGCGCUGGUGCCGCCAGGCACCGUCAUCCCCAGCGGCCAGGUGUGGGCGGGCAGCCCAGCCAAGUUCCUGCGCAAUCUCAUUGAGGACGAGGUGCAAUUUGUGAGCGCCGCCGCGGACUCGUACAGCCAGCUGGCGCUGCUGCACGCCGAGGAGAAUGCCAAGUCGUUUGAGGAGGUGGAGGCGGACAAGGCGCGGCGCGCUGACCGUAUUUCCCGCGACCCCGACUACGAUGAGCAGCAGGGGGUGGCUCGGGACUACGUGACCCGCGAGAUUGUGAAGGUGGCCGACAGCACUUGAUGUGCUGUGGUGGAGUGAGCGCGCACGGCCGCUAAGGACAUGCGCCGCGCGGCCAGAGCGCGGGGCCAGGCCUGGAGCGCGCCCCGGUCUCCCGUCUCCCCGCGCCGGGAGGCCGCCGGGCAAGGGUUCAACCCUGCCGGCGCCUCCUGCAGACUGCUGCGGUGGGGCCUGAGUUGUUUUGGGCUCCCCGUUGGCGGAGCUGCCACCCCUGAGCUUGCGGCGGCGCAUCGCCUUGCGCCCCGGCCAGCCGCAGCCCACCAGCCUCUGCGCCUGUAACUGGCUUGCAGCGCCC